GACGAUUAGUAAAUGCUGACAGGAUUUUCAUUUUUGGGUGAACUAUCCCUUUAAGGUAGAAAGAAACGAGUUGAAGUCCUCAAACAACAUGUGAUUUAUAAAGCUGUUUUACAUAAUUGUUUUAUUUAUCGGUAGCCUGUUAAAAUUCCGCCUACACAAAAGAACAGUUUCAUACAACAUUCAAAUUAUAUCUCUUGAGUCUUGACAUUUUCCCUCGGCUAGUGAUGGUCAUAUGACAGACGUGCAUAAAACGAUCACGUGAACUCUCCCACGCGAAACAAAACCCUAAAUUUAGAGAACAGCUAUAUUUGAGUUCACGGUUGCCAUGCACUAUGCCGUCACCAAUCCCCAUUACCCGACUAUUGCCAAAGGAUUUUGGGCUCGAGUUUGGCGCGUGCAGUAGCCCGCUAACCAAAACUGCGAGUGGAUCUACUCUGCGUGUUCCCACAAACACGUUUCACGGUAAAAUCGCCCACAGACUGUGGUCUUCUGUGAUCCACUGGCGAGAACUGCAGGUUCUGGAGCCCAUCGGCAGCGGUGGAUUCGGCAUGGUGUUCAAAGGCACAUACUUUGGCGAGACUGUUGCCAUGAAAAAAGUGAGAUGUGUGAAAAACAAACUGGCUUCGAGGCAGAGUUUCUGGGCGGAACUCAAUGCAGCGCACUUGCACCAUCAAAACAUUGUGCGCGUGAUUGCGGCUACCACGUGCACACCUGCGCACCUCAACACCAAAGACAACAUCGGUACGAUUGUAAUGGAGUUCGCAGGCGCCCUAAACCUACAUCAGGUCAUUUACGGACUCACAGACCCGUUGCCUAUGAACAGGUGCAUGAAAUAUUCAAUAGACAUCGCUCGCGCGCUCCAGCACUUGCACGCGCAUGGCAUAGUCCACUUGGAUGUAAAACCUGCCAAUGUUUUAGUAUCAGAACAGGGUGUUUGUAAACUCGCAGAUUUUGGGUGCUCUUUUAAACUGUCGAGCAAAAGCGACACCGUGACGCAUCUGAGUGAAAUCGGUGGCACGUUCACGCACCGCGCGCCUGAGCUUCUGAAAGGUGAGGAGGUUUCUACGCGCGUGGACAUUUAUUCUUUUGGCAUCACAGUGUGGCAGCUCCUCACCCGAGAGCCGCCGUACGAGGGAGACAGACAGCAUAUUCUGUACGCUGUUGUGGCAUAUAAUCUGCGCCCAUCCAUCACUGGGGAUGUUUUUAUUCAGUCAUCUUCUGGACAGACAUGUCAAAAGCUGAUCAGCCGGUGUUGGGACGGCGACCCCAACAUCCGACCGACCGCAGAUCAGCUCGUAAAUGAACUGUCUUUGAUCUUAUUGUGAAUUUGCACCACAGGUUCACAAAAUUUAUUAAUUUGAAAAGUUUUAUAUAUAUAUAUAUAUAUAUAUAAGUUAUAUAUAUAUAUUGUAAAUGUUUGCCUUUUUUAUUGUAAAACAAAAAUUAUUUUUUAAUAUCUAAAGAGCUUUAAUUAAAUGUUUUCUUGUUUAAAGUGAGACUUUUGUGAUUUGUUAUUUCUGAAUAUAAAUGUGAGGUGAUAUUUGCUUCAUAUUUUAUAUUUAUAAAUAAAUGUGAGGAGAAGGUGAGGUGGACGUUUGUGAAUUAGUUUUACUUUUGUAAAAUGCAUCUUAUUUUAUAUAUUAGUAAAUAAAGUUUUUAAGGUUCCAUAUGUUCGUAAUUUGGCACGUUUUACGCACAUAGUAACAUUCUUAAAAAAUAUAUGACGACUAAUUUUACAUGGAGCGGGUCGCCUUAUAAUGGCCGCCAUGUUGAGGUCACGCGAACAAUUGAUUAUUACUCGCUUUAUCUCGGGAAUUGCUUUGUUAUUGGACCACUUUGAUGGCAGAAUAAAUUAAUCAUGGAGAACAGAGCAUUUCAAACUUUUGAGUGAUGCUGCAUCUACGGCGCUAGGUGUCAGCACAUUCAAAUUGUGCAUAUUCAAUACAAGUAUAUUGACGAUCAUAGAUUUUUAAAAAAAUAAUUUGCUUUCGUGUAGAUCCCUGGACCAUUUUUAGAGUUUAGAUUGGUGACAAUUUCAAAAUUCUGCCAAGCUUUAUCGUUCUAAAGCUUAAUUUUUAAAUGACAACCAGAAACUUUAUUCCAUACAUUUGAGGCUCCCAAAAGUGUAAACAUGCCUAGACGGUAAUACUUUCGUCUUUUUAUGGCCCAUUUUCAUACUGCUUUAUUAUGAAAAUACUAAAAAUAGCCAAUUAAUUCAAAAUGUGCUACUCAAAUGUAAUCUGCCAUAUAAGUUUAUGCUAAAACCAACAUGGCCCUGUGAAUUUAAGCAAUAAUUUUACUAUUUCUAAUAUUUAAUAUAUUAUUACCUAUUUAAUACUACUUAAAUAUAUUAAAAAAAGAAGAUAUGGGGGCAAAAGUCUUUGCAUUGGUAACCACAAAACAUUUUUUCAAGCAAAAGAGAUUCAUGCCAAACCCAAAGAGCAAGUAUGCACUUCAUGUGGUGCAACUAAACCUUUAACAUUUUCUCUAGGUUUAUUAUUAAAGUGUUUUCAGUUUAAAAUCUUUGCAAAAGGUACCAUGUUCCUUGGAUAUAUUUAAUGUUUUUAUGAGCUCAUUUUCACAUGUUUUAAAAGCCAAAAUGCAAAUACCCGAGUCUUGAGACAUGAAUGAAACAAUGUCCACUUUAAACUGCACUUACGCUUUACUAUAAACAUGAGUGAUGAAAUUUUGGAACGUACCAAAAUAAAAGCUUAAUCAAUUCAGAAUUACUGCACCAAAAAAAAAAGACAAACCAGGCAUUGCAUCUCACGCAUUCUUGAACUGUGCUAUGUGUCGAGCCGAACCAAAUGUGACACGUGAUGGUCCAGCUAUGGAGUGUGAAUGUAAUGGAACUAGUUCUCAGAUAGAAAACUGGCAAUUCAGCUAUUGCUAGAUGUUUGACGUCAAACAUGAUUACGUUUUAUAAGCUGAGAUGCUGUACAGUUUUAGGACAUACAAAAGAAAAUUCAGAGGCUUAGAAAAAAAAAAUCAUGAUCAGUUAUUAAUAAUAUUAAUAUAGAAUUAUAUAUUAAUACCUACAAGGCUGUUAUUUCUUUAUUUUUUGUUCAAGUUUGCAACAUCAAUUCUUGUUUAAAAACGUUGAAAGUCUCUGUCUCACACGGGUAGCGUUUGAACAGAAUUGGCUUUUUUUUUUUUUUUUUUUCUUGGUCACCUCCGUCCUACA